AUGGCCGCCUUCUUCACGGCAGCCCUGAAGAACCUGCGGGGGGGUGAGGAGGCGCCCAAGGCACCCCCCAAGGACACCAAGGCGGCCACUCUGCCCAAUGGCAUGUCCCGCGAAGAGUUUGAGGAGUACCAGCGGCAGCUGCUGGAGGAGAAGAUCGAGCGGGACAAGUCCUUCGCGCACAAGAAGGCAGAACGGGCGGCCGUGCGCAUGCACCUGCGGGACAAGUACCACCUGGCCCAGGAUGAGCGGGACGAUGCCCAGCUGCACGUGGCGGGCGGCACGGUGGAGCUGCCGCAGGAGCUGGCCGCCAUGGUGCGUGGCGAGGAGGAGGAGGAGGAGGAGGAAGAGGAGGGGGCCUUCGCCUUCCUGACCAAGCUGCGGGAGAUUGAUCUGCCGGCACUGCGGGGCCGGGCGCUGGGCACCGUGGACGAGGUGAAGGAGAAGUGCUCCCUGAUGUAG